AUGGGGACAGUUAAGAGUAAAUUGACUGGCUGCUGUCAUUCUCCGUGUGAAUGUUGCAGGAGAAGUAAAUCAGACUCCAGCAACAUCAGGGAUUUACCACGGCCACUGCGUCUGAAUGUCUCAAAUGAUGUCAUCUACGGAAGUAGACAAGGUGUUUUGGCAGUUCAGGGAAUAGAUUUUUGCAUUGAUAAGAAUGGGGAAGACCAUCACACUAGCAACUACCAUUUGAUGAGAAGGAAAGCCAACGCAAGUCUCGUCGUUCGUCGAGGACAGUCCUUUAAAAUGGAUCUUCUAUUGAACAGACCUUACGAUCCAACCAGAGAUGCCGUGUCAUUCAUUUUCUACGUCGCAGAUGCAAAUAGGCGUGGGCCAUCUGAUGCCACGACUGCGGCUGUACCUUUGUUGGAGAAAGGUUCAGAAUCUGUUGGAGCAUGGAGCGCAGUUUACGAAAGUCAGAGGGAUACUCGUAUGACAGUAUCAGUCACUCCUUCCGCGAGCUGCAUCGUUGCCCCAUGGAAAGUAGAUGUCGACACAAGGCUUGGCACUGGAGGAUCACUUAGCUAUACACACCAGCUACCAAUCUACAUCAUAUUCAAUCCUUGGUGUCUGAACGAUACCGUAUACUUGCCGGGUUACAAUCAACGUGAAGAAUAUGUUGAAAAUGACGGCGGGCUUUUAUUCAGAGGUGUGUAUAAUCGGAUAAAACCAGUGCCGUGGAGUUAUGCCCAGUAUGAGAAAGAUGUCCUGGACUGUGCAUUUUAUGUCAUCACGGAGGUAGGAAAGAUGAGAGGUCGCAAUAGGAGUGACCCGGUUAAAACAGCUCGAACACUUUCGGCCGCAUGCAAUGUGCAGGACGAUAAUGGUAUGUUAGUUGGCAACUGGGGUAAAGAUGAAGACGACUAUAGUGGAGGCACCCAUCCAACAAAGUGGGUUGGUUCUAGUGCGAUAAUUCAGAGCUAUUACAGCAGAAAGAGACCUGUUAAAUACGCGCAGUGCUGGGUCUACGCUGGAGUUUUAACCACACUAUGCCGCACUCUUGGUAUCCCAUGUCGACCUGUUACUUGCUAUAACGCCGCGCAUGACAGUCAGGGCAGCAUGACCAUAGACGUCAUCGUGGACGAAAACGGUGAUAUCCUGAAUGAAUUUACCAGAGACUCCAUUUGGAACUAUCAUGUCUGGAACGAAGUGUGGAUGGAUCGUCCAGAUCUUGGUGCUGGGUACGGUGGCUGGCAGGUUAUUGAUGCGACACCUCAAGAGACAUCCGAAGACAUGUUUCGAUGUGGUCCUGCUUCUGUAAAAGCCGUUCAUGAAGGAGAAAUGGAGAGGCCUUAUGACUGUGCUUAUGUUAUAGCUGAAGUUAAUGCUGAUAAGGUUCUCUGGAAAUAUGAUGGCGAAAUUCAACCAUUGAAAUUGUUGGGACGCAACACUACUGUCAUCGGGCAGGCUAUAUCAACGAAAGCUAUUGGAAAAAUGGAUCGAGAGGAUAUAACAUCCACUUAUAAAUACCCGGAAAGUUCAAGGGAGGAGCGCAUCACUGUCGAGAAUGCGCUUCGCAAAUCGGACAGUAUAUUCGCUAGGUACUACUUGAACGAAGUUUUCAACGAUAUAAUCUUCGAAUUCGAGAUGAGAGACGACAUCACAAUCGGACAGGGCUUCAACGUGCGUUUGAACAUUAAGAACCGAUCUUUAUCUGAAGCUCACAGAGUCAAGGGCGUGCUUCGUGUAGACUCGGUUACAUAUACAGGGAAGGUGGGCGAAACUGUUAAGAAACAUGAAUUUGAUGUGAGCGUUGCAUCUGGAAGUAAUGGAGCAGUUGAUAUGUCUGUCCAGUUCGAAGAAUACUUUAAGAAAUUAGUUGAUCAGGCUUCAUUCAAUAUCGCAUGUUUGGCAACAAUAGUUGCAACGAAGUUUGAUUACUUCGCGCAAGAUGACUUCCGAGUGCGAAAUCCUGACAUUGAAGUCAGUCUAGGAGCCAAGCCAGUGAGCCGUCAACCAUUCACCGUGACCGCUCGCUUCGUUAAUCCGUUACCCGUUCCCUUAAGACGUGGCAGAUUCUACAUUCAAGGAACAGGACUCGAUGAACAGCUGAAGUUAACACUCGAUAAAAAUAUCGCUCCAGGAGAGCCAGUGGAAGCUGCGUUCCAACUAACGCCGGCAUGGGCCGGACGUCACAUGAUCUCAAUCAAGUUUGACUCCAAUGAGCUCCACGACGUUGACGGCUUCCUCUCAUAUAUGGUUUCGAUGCCGAAUUCAUAAGAUGUGAUAUUUUGAUCAUUUAUACAUAUUCGUACCUAUGGAUUAUGGGAUUACAAACAACUUGCAUUAAGACACGAAUGUUGGGUAAAAAACUGCGAUAUAAAAGUAUAUUUCAAAAUUAGAAGGUAUCAACAUUACAUAAAACCUCUCUCGUUUUAAUUUUGAUUUUAGUUCUUAUUGAUGAUAGCAAUAGGAUUAUAAUAUUAUUUAUUGUUCACUAGUCACAUGAUGUACCAACUACUCGAAAAUAGGCGCCUAGUUGCUGACACCGGCCCGUAUCGCCAUUGUAUAUCAUACCAUAAUGACCUGAUUAAAUAGCAUUUAAAAAUCUAAAUUAUUUCGAUAUUAUGUUUGAAGAGUAUAGUAGAGAUCUGAACAGUUUCUUCGUUUUGUUAUAAAAUAUUUAUAUUUAGGGGGUUUAUUUCAUUAAGUUUCUUAAAAUAGUGUAAUAAAUCAUGGCUAUUUAUUUAUAAGUAAUUUAUAUUCUUGGAACUGCGCGUUGUGUUAAAAAAAUGUAGUUAGGGAUGUAUAUCGUACAUUUUUAAGGAAAAAAAACGUCCAUUGAAGUAGACUUGCUCAUGUAUAAUUUAGAACUGAAGAAGUUAUACCUUUCUAAAUGUUACAUAAUCAAGUAUAGUUUAAGUCUAUGUGGGGAUAAAAAAUAUACUUAUUACAUUUUUACUUUGUACUUUAACUUAUCGCAAUAAUAUUUUAUAAAUACGUGUAUAGUACUCUGACCU